AUGUCUCUCCUUUUUGACCCACAUUUCACCAUAUUGCGUGAAGAUGCCAGCAACAAGCUGUUCAACAUUGUUUUGAUCACUUCUCAAGUAGCCGGAGCUCUCGCUGUUCUAUUUGUUUCUAUUUGGAUGGGAGGAUAUGAGGAUGGAUUCGCUUGGACGGAUUACCCUGACAGAGAAUUUCAUUAUCAUCCAACUUUCAUGGUAAUGGGAAUGGUUUUCCUCUAUGGGGAGUCUCUGAUUGUUUAUCGCGUCUUCAGAAAUGAACGAAAAAAGUUCAGCAAAACUCUUCAUGUUGCUCUUCAUUCUAUGGUUUUGGUGUUUAUGCUGAUUGCUCUGAAGGCAGUUUUUGAUUUUCAUAACCUGCAUAAAGAUCCUCAAGGAAACCCUAAACCCAUUCCCAACAUGAUGUCACUGCAUUCAUGGAUCGGCAUGAUUGUUGUUGUUGUCUAUUGUCUGCAGUAUUUUGUUGGAUUUGUGACUUUCUUUGCCCCUGGGUUAUCCAUUCCAAUGAGACAAAUCAUAAUGCCCUUCCAUCAAUUGUUCGGUCUUGUUCUAUUCUUGGUAGUGUCUAUUGUUGUCGGUAGUGGAAUUUCGGAGCGAGCAGCAUGGAAGCACAUAUGUUGGACACAAGAGGGCCAAAUGUGUACACAGCACUUUUUGAGUAACUUGGUUGGAAUUUGUGUUUUCGUUCAAAGUGUCUGUAUUUUGAUUCUUGUCGGUAAUCCACGCUGGAAACGACGCACUCUACCAGAAGAAGAGUCGCUGCAUCAGUUAUCCGCUACACCUAUGGAAUAA